AUGUUGAACAUAAACGGAAUAACAAUUCUCCUAAUAUUUUUAUGUUAUCAAAAUGGAUUCGUUACAAGUGACAUUUCACCUUUUUUGAGUUACGUUGGCGAUUAUGAAAUCAAUUCGACGGUCUUACCGAACAAUUCAAUAUCAGUUACAGUCAAGGAAUAUUAUUUGAGUGAAAGAAUUGCAGAAGAUUACUUUGGUGCCCUUUUGACAUGCCAAUCUGAUGGAAUGGAACUUGUAAAUGUUGAAUCCACAAAAGAAAGUCAGAAUUUAGCAAGAAUAGCAGUAAACAGACCACACAAAUUCUAUGAAGGAAUAUUUAUGAGCUCGAAUUCCUCUUCAAAGUCUAAUGAGGAUGAAUGUUUAUCAUUUUCAGCUCCAAAAACUUUAAAGUUGCCUAUUAAAGCAGUUUCAUGUGGGGUUGAACUGAAUUUCAUGUGUGAAGUUAUCAAAGUUCAAACUUAUGACAACACAAGAAACAUUACAUCGACUGACGAAGUUGAAUCAGCAAAAGUGAUUGACAAUAUUUUUACUUAUCUCGGCGAAACUGAAAUCAUCAAGGACGAAGAAGAUGACAAUUCGGAAACUGUGAAAAACAAAACUAUAAAAUAUUAUUUGAGUAAAGGCUUACAAGUAACACCGAAUGAAGCUUCAAUUGUUUGCAAAAGUUUCAACAUGAAUCUUGCAUCACCACACAGUCAAGUUGAAUUUAAUGAGUUCAUGACCGUAUUAAAUAGUUAUUGUCAUCGUAACUCCAAUUGUAAAAGAGUUGAAUGGGAAAAUGCAUUCAUAGCUGGUUAUCGAUCAAGAGAGAACGAAGCAGAGUGGCACGUUUCUGGGAAGCUAGUAGAAUAUCAGGGAAUCAUUGAUAACACAAAACCUAAUAAUAAGAACUUUUAUGAUGACUUCAAAGAAGAUUGUUUGGGUGUUGAUUUUAACAAUCUCCAUAGAAGUUAUCUUUCUAUUAUUUCAAUUUCUUGCUAUAUUAUGCGUCCAUUUAUUUGUGAAGCCGUCGACAGUGAGAAUUCCACAGCUGACGAAAAAUUUAUCACUAAUAAGGAAGGAGUUUUUAAGCCUUUAACUGAAAACGAAAAUGCAUCAAAUUUUGCGAAGUCCCUUUACGUCAGCACCGUCAAACGAAACUGGAUCAAUGCGUUUAGUGUUUGCAGAAUGUUUGGCAUGGAUCUGCUUCUGCCUGAAACAGCUGACGAAGAGAAAGAGAUGAUCGAAUUCAUGAAACUUGACAAUGAACNAAAUAAGAGAAACGGGGACGAUGGAGAAUCACGGGACAAGGUAAGCCAGCUCACCAAAGCAAGCCGAAAAAGCAAGCUGAAAUAUCCUGAAGGCCUCGGCAAGCCGAGAAAACGAGCUGAGAGAUAUCCGGAUCACAAGCCAAGCAAGCAAGCUGAGAGAAAUGAGGCAAGCCAAGCCAAGCCAAGCUGA